CUCAAAAAGUAUCAACAAUGCCAAGUUGCCAUCUUUUCUCUCGAGUGCCAAACUGAGGACAAUCACGUGACCUUUCUCUUCCCUCCUUUAUUUUUACCUCAAACCACGCGCCCUCUUCUUCUUCCUCUAUUCUCCUCCCUCCUCUCUCUCUCUCUCUUCUUGUAUGUGUCAGCCUUUUUGAUUCUCUCAUUCACAUUCUAAUUUCUACAUAUAGUUUUUGCUUCAAUUUCAAAUAAAAUUUCUCCCAAAACGAAGAAAACACACCAAAAAAAAAACCCCUUUUAGAAGGGGCUUCCUUUCACUCCCCUAGAUCUGCCUCUUUGCUGGGAAAUGGGGAUCAUUUCCCGGAAAUUAUUCCCAGCAUGUGGGAGUAUGUGUGUUUGUUGUCCUGCUCUAAGGUCCAGAUCCAGGCAACCUGUUAAGCGCUACAAGAAGUUGAUUGCUGACAUAUUUCCAAAGUCUCCUGAUGGUCAGACAAACGAGCGGAAACUUGUAAAGUUAUGUGAGUAUGCUGCUAAAAAUCCUGUUCGUAUUCCUAAGAUCACUAAACAACUUGAAGAGAAAUUCUUCAGAGAAUUGCGAUAUGGACACCUGAAGAUUGUUGGCAUUGUCAUGGAAGCUUAUGAUAAGUUGCUCUGCAUGUGUGGGAAACAAAUGGCAUACUUUGCUGCCAGUUUGUUGCUCCUUAGUGAUGAGGUUUUGGACCAGUCAAAGGAGGUUUCCGUGCAAGUAGUUGGAUGCCAAACAUUAACUCGAUUUAUCUACAGUCAGACUGAUGGUACUUAUGCCCGCAAUAUUGGAACUUUUGUUAACAAAGUAUGCAUGUUAGCUAAGGAGACAGGGGCAGAGCAUCAAAAGCGCUCCUUGCGAGCCUCAAGCCUACAGUGCCUUUCAGCUAUGGUGUGGUACAUGGCUGAAUUUUCCCACAUUUAUAAUAAUGUUGAUGAGGUUGUGCAAGUUAUAUUGGACAGCUAUGAGGAAGAAGUGCAGAAUGAGGAAAGGGAAGAACCACGUCAUCAGUGGGUGGAUGAGGUUGUUAGAUGUGCAGGAGGAGGAAGUGGUGUUGCUGGUGCUGCGAGUCCUUGCUGUACUGCUGUCAGGCCUCACCCUAAUAGAAAAAACAUUUCUUCAUUGACAAAAGAGGAGAUUGAAAAUCCAAGAGUGUGGGCUCAAAUUUGUCUCCAAAGAUUGGCUGAGCUUGCAAGAGAGAGCACCACGAUGCGUCAGGUUCUAGAGCCAAUGUUUAUAUAUUUUGAUACUGGGCGCCACUGGUCUACUCAGCAGGGUUUGGCUGUCACCGUUCUGUGUGAUAUGUGUUAUUUCAUGGAACUUCCAGAAAAUCAGCAGAUAAUCUUAAAUGGCAUAAUACGUCACAUGGACCACAAAAAUGUUUCACAUGACCCAGUAGUUAAGUCUUGUGUUGUCCAAGUUGCUGCAAAUGUGGCAAGGCAGAUUAGGUCUGGUGGAACUCUUUCGGACGUUGGAUGCGUUAGUGACUUGUUGCGACACUUGAGGAAGAGUCUCCAGUCAAUUGCUGGUCCAACUGGAGAACAAGAGAUCAACUUGAAUAUCCAUCUACAAAAUUCAAUCGAAUCUUGCUUACUCGAAAUUGCAAAAGGGAAUAAGGAUGCAGAUUCAUUGUUUUACUUGAUGGUCAUAGCAUUGGAAAAGUUACCCCCUGCUGGAGUAGUUGCACGUGCAACCAUGGGUUCAGUGUUAAUUCUUGCUCAUGUAUCAGUGGCGGUUCAUUCCCAUCUACAGCUGGCCUUCCCAGAAGCUCUUCUUAUCCAAAUUUUGAAAGCUAUGCUGCACACAGAUACUGAGGCACGUAUUGUGGCCCAUCAGAUAUUUUCUGUUCUUUUGUUUCCAAGCUCUUGGAGAUCAUACGAGACAAGGAGAUUGCAGUCUAACCGGAGAUCUGGACUAGCUUCAGUCACUGAUUUACUUGAUAAGCUUCGGAAAGAAAAGGAUGUCAAGGGAGAAAAGAAUGGGGAUAGUGGUUUGGAUGAGUUUAGGGGAGGAGAAGUUCCGGAGGAUGAGUGUAAAGAGGGCCGGACUCAUCGAAGCUCCCCCAACUUCUACAAGUUAAGCUCAAUUAUUGACCGGACAGCUGGAACAAGCAACUUCUAUGAGGAAACUUGUACAAUGAAGCUGACUGAAGAUCAGAUGUUGCAAUUGCUUUCUGGCUUCUGGAUACAGACCAACCUUUCAGAUAAUUUACCAUCGAACUUUGAAGCAAUAGCUCAUUCUUAUUGUUUGAUGCUCAUAUCUUCACACAUUAAGAACACAAACCACAGUGUCGUUGUGCGCUUUUUCCAGCUACCCUUGUCUCUAAGAAAUGUUUCAUUGCGUGACUGUGGGAUGUUUCCGUUUGCUUGCCGGAGAUCAAUGUUUAUAACAGCAACCUCCAUGCUAAUGUUUGCUGGCAGAAUGUAUCAAAUGCUUGAGCUGAAUGAUAUGCUGAGGUUACAAAUUACAUCUGAUGUUGAUCCCUAUAUGGGUAUCAAUGAUGAUCUUCUGGUGUAUGUUAAACCUCAAAUGGAAAUUGGACAGUAUGGUUCAGCAAUUGAUAACCAAGCUGCUAUCUCAUUCCUCUCUGAAUUAAGAGAGAAGAAUCUUGAACAAGAAAAGAUUACACUUGACAUUAUAGUGCGACACCUAUGCUGUAUUAUUAAGAUAAAGGAAGAAGAGCUACUCAGUCAGCUGUCUGACAUAUUCACUCCUGACGAGGCUUUCAUCUUCGCUCCAAAAGAAUUAAGAGAAUUGGAUCAUACUCACAUCAUUCGCCAUUUGAAGGAGUCCCCUUCUCUGGACGGUGAAUUAUCUUUGAGCUCAGUUGUUGAAGAUGACGUGACAAGUUCAUUAUCUAAUUUGAAUAUUACUGGCCAAAAGGUGGUGCCUCAUUCUCCUUCAGAUUCUCAUAUCAUGAGCAUUGGACAACUUUUAGAAUCAGCACUUGAAGUGGCUGGACAAGUAGUUGGGACAUCAGUAUCAACCUCUCCCCUAUCUUACAGCACCAUGGCUGGUCAAUGUGAAGCUCUUGAGGCGGGCACUAGGAAGAAGCUCUCCAAUUGGUUGGCGCAGGAAAACUCCUCUUCUGGCGAGGCUUUUGCUUUUCCAUCUGAUGCAGCAACAGUAACUUAUCCGGUUUCACCUCGUGCUGGUGAAGUGCAUAGAGAAAUGGGAUCCAGUGACCAGUUUAACACUCUUAGAUUGCCGCCUGCUAGCCCCUUCGACAACUUUCUCCAUGCAAUUUCUGGCCCGAAACCCAUGUUAGCUGGACUAUCUCCACGAACGGAGUUGGACACAGAAGUGGAGUGGCAUUAGUGUAUCAAGUUUGGUGUUAGUGUGUACUAUGUUAUCUAAUUUUCUGUUUGAUUACUGCUAAGUGCUAACCAAGUAGGCGUAUGUAGGUGUUUUAACUUGCACAGCUAUGUAGCUUAAGAGAAUGAAAACGAAGCUUCCCUCGAGUUAAGGAAUCUAAUUGAGAAAUCAGUGACUUGGUGUC